CAUUAUCAAAUCAACCUCACCACAAUCCUUUUGCUUUUCAAGAAACCAACGAUCAGUACUUCCAAUCAACUACCUCACCACAUCGAAAUGCGAUCAAGAUUCCUCACAUCAACUCAUCGUCAACUAUGUCUUCUUAGAUGUAAAGCAUUCCCAAGCACUACUUUUCUUCAACGAUCAAAUUCAACAUCAUUUUUACAAACCAGAUCAUUUCAAAUCGAUACUGAAACUGAAAGAGAACCGAAAAAUGAACACAAUCGUUUACCUAUCCCUUCAUCUUCAUCUUCAACAUCCUCAAAUUCUAAACCAACACCAACACCAAACUUAUCCCAUCGAUCAACCAAAACUAAACAAGUCCUAACACUCACACCUAAAGCUAUCAAACAACUAGAAGAACUUUUAAAUCCGACCAAAUCAAAUCAAUUACCUGGAAGACUAGUAAGAGUAGGUGUGAGACAAAAAGGGUGUGCAGGCAUGGCGUAUGAUUUAUCAUAUGUUUCAAGUCCAGGAAAGUUUGAUGAGAUCGUAACGGGUGAAACUGAAAAUGGUCAACAAGUCAAAGUGAUUAUCGAUUCUAGAGCUUUAUUAACGAUCAUUGGUUCUAUAAUGGAUUAUGAAGAAAGUUCACUUGGUUCUAGAUUCGUCUUUCAAAAUCCAAAUGUUAAAGAACAAUGUGGAUGUGGUGAAAGUUUUAUGGUUUGAUCAAUCUCUAGUUUCUUUUUCUGGUAAAAGAGAAUCAAUGUGAUUCGUUUUUUGAAACCACAUCAAAGCAUCAUUUCUUGUUUCCCAUCUCAUGGUUUUGUUUUUUUGUACAAGUAUCUUUAUCUUUGUUUUUGCAAGCUCUUUAGGUUUGUCUCUCUUUCCUCUUUAUAUAUGAGAAGUAACAUACCACCUCGCUCUUAUAGUUAUAGCCACAUACAUGUAGAAGAGAUCCUCAUGAAUGGUGUUUCUUUUUGGGUUUCUUUGAUUUGAUUGGGAUUUUGAAGAGAGAGGUCUGAUUGGAUUUAAAUAAGUAGUUGAUUGUUUAUAGAGUGGAUGGAUUAGUUUGAGAAGAUAGUUGGUUUUGUAUUAUCAAAUCGAUUUGUAGCGUUC